AUGGAAAUAACAAGGAGAAUUAGAAUUCUUAACUUAUUUUAGAAUAGCUAUCCCAUUAUUAACCAUCAUUACCUCCUUUAUAAGAUUAAAAUCUAAUAUUAUAUGUCAAUUCGACCAACAAUCUUGAUGAGUUUCAUCAUAUUUUGCCUGCUUCAUUUCACAUCAAGUUCCUUGAAUCAAUCCUUUAAAUCCUGA